UCAUUUAAUUUUAAAUUAAAAUUAACUUUAAUUUUAUUAAUAAAACUUUUUGUGACCAAAGAUGUCGAAUAAGAGAUAUAUUGAUAAUCCGUUUGAUGACUACAGUCCUGUUAACGAUGUCUUUGAACAAACCAGUGGUCUCUUGAAUAUCAAUACUAAAGACAAUCUUUUGUUAAGUAUUAACAAAUUGUUAACACAUUUGGAGUCAAAUUUGAGUGAAAGUAUUGAUCCAAAAGAUGAAAGUAUUUAUACGGGAAGUACUGGUUUUGCUUUACUAUAUCUACACUUAUAUCGUGUUUUCGAUUACAAGAAAUAUUUGGAUAAAUCACUGGAAAUAGUGGAUCUAAUUGUCAACAAAUUAAGUCUCAAGAAGAAUGACAUUUCAUUUGUUUUGGGAAAUUCCGGUGUCUUAUCCAUUGCAGCGCUUAUUCAUCACAUAAAUGGCGACCAAAACGGUUGUCACAAGUUAUUGACAUCUUUGAAAUCAAUGGUUAAAUUCUGUACAGACAGUAGCAGUCAAACUCCCGAUGAGAUACUUUACGGUAGAUCUGGAUUUCUCUAUUCAUUACUCUUUGUCCGCAAAUAUAUCGGUAACUCUCAACAAAUUAUUGACAACAAUGAUAUCAGACUUAUUGUGGACGCUAUUAUUAAAUCGGGUCAAAAAACGGCUCAAAAAGAUAAAAUAGCCGACAAAUGUCCGCUUAUGUAUUAUUGGUAUAACACUCCAUAUCUUGGAGCAGCUCAUGGAGUGAUGGGAAUUAUGGCCGUCUUAUUGGAAGCUAAGAGUUAUCUCACAGAUAACGAGUUAAAUCACAUUAAGAAAACCAUUGAUUUUAUUCUUACACUUCGACUCCCUUCUGGUAACUAUCCGUCGGCUUUGGAUGAUAUGUCAGAUGUCUUAGUUCAUUGGUGUCACGGAAGUCCCGGUGCCGUACAUUUGUUUGCAUUGGCUUAUCGGGUGUUCAAUGAAGACAAAUACCUAAUGGCAGCCAAAGAUUGUUGUGAAUGUAUUUGGAAGAGAGGACUCUUAACUAAAGGUUAUGGCUUAUGUCACGGAGUGGCUGGAAAUGGAUAUGCAUUUCUUAGAUUAUAUCAACUGACUAAUGAUGUCAAGUAUUACUACAGAGCUGUUAAGUUUGGGCUCUGGUGUGGUCGGUAUGGAGAACAUGGAUGUCGUACACCUGACCGACCAUUUUCUUUGUUUGAGGGAAUGGCCGGAACUAUAUAUUAUUUGUCAGAUUUAUUGAAACCUGAAGAGAGUCUAUUUCCUGCCUAUCAAUUGAGUAUUUAA